CACCAAUUGAAAAGGAAGAGAUCUUAUGACUAGAAAUCAGACAGGACUCUGGCAAUGUGAACUGAGGAUCAAUAGGAAUCAAGAGUUUUACUAAUCUGGCCACCGAACUUUGAACUUCUGUUUAUUUAGUCAGAGCACUGAAAUUCAGAUACAAGAAGCUUUAACAGAAACGGACCAUGGCGAAUCUUUUCUGGGCCAUAAAUCUUUUCCUUCUCAUCAUUAGUCUCACAGGAACUAAAACUGAAGUAUUUGUAUCCGACAAAAAGGCCAGCAACUUCUUAACACGCCAAAGGCGUGAGAACAGCUUCUUUGAAGAACUGAAAGAAGGUAACUUGGAGAGAGAGUGCAUCGAAGAGAGGUGCUCACAAGAAGAAGCAAGAGAAUAUUUUGAAGAUGACCAGCGAACUGAUGAAUUCUGGAGUAAGUAUGUAGAUGGGAACCAGUGCGAAUCCGACCCCUGCAUUAACCAAGGCAGCUGCCGUGAUGGCAUCAACCAGUAUCAGUGCAUCUGCGUAGAAGGUUUUAAAGGCGUCAACUGUGAAAUCGAAAUUCUGAAGCCCUGCUAUCUGGACAAUGGAGGCUGCUACCACUACUGCCGACCCCUGCGAGACCAGGCUAGGUGUUCCUGUGAUCCUGACUUCGUACUUGCUGAAGAUGAAAAAUCCUGCAUUCCUGCAGUACGUAAUCCCUGCGGGACCAUUGGUGCACUGUUUCUCACCAAUCUUAUGCUUACGAACAACAGUAUGGUGAAUGUCACUGAUGCUGAACCGAACGGAGCAAGUGGUGUUACUCCAAACGUCAGAAUCGUGGGAGGCCAGGAUUGCCCACUGGGACAGUGUCCAUGGCAGAUCCUAUUAGUUGAUGAAACUGACACAAUGUUUUGUGGAGCCACGAUUCUAAAUGAGAGGUUACUAGUGACUGCAGCCCAUUGCCUUAACCACACCAAGGCCAUCACUGCUGUUGCUGGUGAAUUUGAUAUCAACUUGGACGAAGGUACAGAGCAGCGACAAGAAGUUACGAUGGUAAUUGCCCAUCCUCGAUUCGAAAAAUACACAUUUGAUAAUGACAUUGCAAUUCUGAUUUUGAAGAACCCUCUACAAUUCAAUCAGAAUGUUGUACCAAUUUGCAUUCCCCAUAAAAACUUUGCGGAACAAGUUCUGAUGAAUCAGCCCGAUGCAUUUGUUAGUGGCUGGGGCCGUCUCCAAGACCACGGUGUGACAUCCGCCAAGCUCCAGUUGCUCAGGGUGCCUUACGUCGACCGGCUCAAAUGCAUUGAAUCCAGUCGGUUCCCUGUGUCUCAGAACAUGUUCUGUGCUGGCUACAGUGAUGAGAGCAAAGACUCUUGCCGAGGGGACAGUGGUGGACCCCAUGUCACCAAACACAAGAACACUUGGUUUUUGACUGGUAUAGUGAGCUGGGGAGAAGGAUGCGCACAGAAAGGGAAAUAUGGCAUCUACACAAAGGUGUCAAAAUACAUCAAAUGGAUUAAAUAUGUUAUCAAAGAAAUGUCUACUUACCCACACACACAUACUUAGAUUGAAAAUGCAUUUCACUUUAAUAUGUGCAGGCUACACACCCCACUUUGCAAAUAUAUUACAAAGUUUGACUUCCUCACCAUUAAUUCCAAUAUACAGUACAUCAGAGCUGAGCAUAGAAAUUAAACGCAGUCUUUGUGACAUAUUUAAAAUUAGACCUUUCAUCAAUAGUUGGCUCCACUUAUCUACAUUAGGUUUACAAAGGAGCUUUAAUUUUUUUUUAAGAUUUUCAUAUAAUUACACGAUAUCAUUGGUUUCCUACUUAAUCUUUUCCCCAUGUUAUAGUUUAAUGCUGUAUGUAAAAUAUCAACCAGCAAGCAGUUGUCCCAAUUAGAGUGUACAUGCCAUCUCUGAAAAGUGCACCAAUAAUAUGAAGAAUAAAAAUUACCAUCAGAAUGUGACUAUAUCUGGAAGACAA